ACGAAGAAGAAGAAGAAACUUCCAGUCACGGAGAAGGGAUUUUUCUUCUUCUUCUUAUCAGUGCUGCUCACUGACACUCUCCAUGACAUCAUGAGCGACACAGACGAAGCGAUGGCCAUUCAAUCAGAAGGCUCUUCCAUUGGGGAAGCAGCUUCUGGAAGACGGGAAAGUGAGCUUGAGGAGGAGUUAGAAGAUGAUGAUGAGGACCUCUACUACAUUCCUCCAAGAAGACCUUCGCUUGACCUGGGACCCAGUCCAAUGGACACAACCCACUGGGAUUACGUGGACCAGGCCUUGUCUCCAGCUCAGAGCUACAGCACAAUGACAAGCGAAGUCUUAGACAAAAUGGAAGAAGACGACACAUCUUCCACAAGUGUCCGCCGACAGAGAGCAGAUUCGUACUCUAGCUGUUACUCCGUAGACAGUGACGACUGUGAAAAGAAGAUUCGCAAGGUCAGGAGCAAAGAGGAUGUCCCUGAAUCUUCUGACACAAACAAGUUAAUCGAAAACACAAGUGAGAAAAGGCAUCCGUCUCUAACAAUUCCAUUCACUUUUAAGGCUAUCUCAAAAAUCCUUGGAAAGCUGUCAGAGUUUGAACUUAGGGGAUUCAAAAGGAUGCUUUGGAAGUAUUACCCGCAAUCGUUCAACACUCCUCCACAAAACAUGGACCUAGUGGACCUGGUCGACCGCUUACUCGAGUGUUACAGCCUUGAAAAUUCAUUCCAGAUCACCAAAACCCAUCUGGCCGAGAUGGGGAAAAAGAAGCUGGUUGAUUAUGUCGAUACUUUGUGCAUUAGAAAUGAAGUACGCUACGAAUUAGCCGAGUGUCUGAAGCAGAAAUACGGUGAAGUAUGUGAGGAUUAUGGUGGUGAGAAGAGGCCCUUUGACGAUGUCCAUACUACUCUCAAAAUUGUUUCCACGUGUGAUAAUGGCCCCAAUAUCGAACACGAGGUCAUGAAAAUAGGAAAGCUGGACAGCAACCAGGAAGCACCCAAGGAGAUUUCUACUGCAGAUAUUUUAACUCCUAAAUAUCUGGAGACCUCAAGUUCAAAGUUAGUAUUGCUCACUGGAGUGGCAGGAUCAGGGAAGUCUAUGGCAGUCAGAAGGUUAGUCCUCGAUUGGAUUGAAGAACGAGCACACAAGCACGUGACUUUCUUGUUUCCUUUGCCAGUCAGAGAACUCAAACAGUUUGAGGGCGAAAAACUUUCCUUGGCAGGCUUAGUUAAAAAACUCUACCCGGCAACAGAAAAACUGAGAGAUGGGGAUUACAGGUGCGACGAAUGCCAAAUGAUGUUUGUCUUAGAGGGACUGGAUGAGUACCCCUGGAAGAUUGACUUUGAAAACACAGAGCUUCUGACUGACCCCACAGAUACCAGCAAUCUGAAGGCCAUCGUGGUCAACCUCAUGAGAGCGAGGCUGCUUUACCGCGGCCUGUGCUUGGUUACUACUCGGCCAUAUGUACGCGCCUGCGUCCCAUGGGAUGCGCACUACAGAGAGAUAGAAGUACUUGGUUUCCGUGACACUCAACGGGACGAGUACUUUCAGAAGAGGUUUAAGGACUCAAACCAAGCAGCUCGAGUUAUUGAUUAUAUCAAUUCUACCAAAACCCUCCGUGUCAUGUGCCACCUGCCCUUGUUCUGCUCUAUAGUGGCCGAUGAGUGCCAGCGCAUAUUUAAAGAAAAGGGCACACACGCAGAGCUGCCAAACAGCAUCACCUACAUGUACACAAAGCUGCUGUUUUCACUCCUGCGUCAGAAUCGCAAAUGGAGAGCUCCAGAAAACAGCGUCGAUAAAGAGAGAGACCUUCUUAUUAAACUUGGAAAGCUGGCCUUCUCGAUGCUGGAACAAGGCCAGUACAAGAUAACACAGACUGACUGGAAAGAAAAGGGCAUCAACGAUCUGGAGGCAGUGUCCUACACAGGCCUGUGCAUGCAGUAUGUCACAAAGCCAUACGUGCUGUUCAACGAGAAUGUCUUGAGCUUUAUCCACCCCACCAUGCAGGAGUACCUGGCUGCUCUUUAUGCAAUGCUCACCUUUGCAAAUCUUGGGAAGAACAUUUUCGAGGAGAAACUGAAAAUCAAAGUUAAGGGGAUGUUCAGGGGGCCCACGCCCUCGGAGAUGUACAAGAACGCUGUGGACAGGAGUCUGCAGUGCGAGGAUGGCAGAUUGGACUUUUUCCUGCGUUUCCUGUUUGGAAUGACACUUAAAACCAACCAGGAACUUCUGCAGCCCUUCUUCACCUCUCCCUUAAAGUGGCCAACUGCCACUGGAGAUGCUGCUGCUCUCAUCAGGAAGAGAAUGAAAGACAGUCAGAAUCCUGAGAGGAAUAGAAACUUGCACUGCUGCCUGAAGGAGCUCGGGUCACAAUCACUGGGCUCAGUAUCCAGUUUAACUGACUGUUAAACGCUGAUGACUGCGUAGAAUUAUUCAAGUCCAAGUCUUCAAUGAAUUCAAAAAACUGGCUGCACAGUGAGCUACAGUCUCUCUACAUUAUGACAAUGUGAUCAGUGUUCAGCCAACGUAAACACUAUCGAGUUUAAGGGAGCUAAACUAAGGGUGAAAAUGCUUAUUUUUAGACUUUUAAAAUCGUCAAAAAGUGAUGUUUGUUUUAGAAAAGGUGUGAGAUUAAAGUGCCUUAUAUUGGAAGUUUGGGGUUUUGGGGUUUUUGUGUUUUUGUUUUAUUUUACAUAGUGCAUCUAGGAUCAAAGAUUCUUGAUAAUGUGUAAAUUCUUUUGUCAAGUGUGGGGUUGUGUUGCUGCUGUUGCUGUGCCUGAAAUGUGUUAGUCUAAAAAAAUAAUAUACCUUCUAAAAUCUGCUUAAAAAAAUUACAUAAAGAGAAAUAUUAUAAUAAAAGUGUCUGACUAAUGCUUUUACUCUGAGUUCAUUCUAACUGCUUGUUGACCUCUUGCAUUAUUGUAUAGGAAUUUCUUUUACCUAGGUAUUAAUCACAUUAUGUUAUUGCAGCACGGUGGCA